AUGAACUUGCUCAAGAACCAUGUCGCAUCGUCACUGAACAACACAUGUUUACCCGCUCUGAUGCCCUGGAUCACUGAAGAAGCCCUUUGUCGACGCAUUCCUCCCAAGUCCACUCGUCCCAACCAUCAGCCUCAAACAUCCAACACCAGCUCCAUUCAUAAAUCCCAAUCCCAACCAUCACCACUGCCCAACAUGUCCACCUCCUCCUCCUCCUCCUCCAUCGUGACCACCCCAGCUACCACCUCCACCCCUCUCAUCCCUCUAACCUACUACCAAACCCUCAACGUCCCCUACACAGCCUCCAAAUCCGACAUCAGCACCGCCUUCCACGCCUUUUGCAAACUCCACCGGCAGCCGGGGCCAGACAAGAUCCCCCACUUUACUUCCUCGCAACGGUACAGAGACCUAAGAGAGGCGCACGACAUGUUGAUUGAUUCGGAAGACAAGCAAAAGUACGAUCUCUAUCUGGCCAAGAAGGGGGUUCCGGAGAUGGUGGAGAAGUACAAGGCCAAGGAGGAGUAUUUGAAGGAAAAGAAAAUGGAGAGGGAGACGGAUAAGAAAAGGAAAAAGAUGAUCAAUGAAGUAGGGGAGGAGGUCCUGGAGGGGUGGGGACAGGACGAAGUGGUCAAGUUCUUGGGAAGGCCGAGGGGGCCAAAGGUUCGGGGGACUAAUGUCUAG